AUGGGCACACCCAGGCGCAAGGGGCGCUGUAGGAACUGUGGCAUCUAUGGCCACUGGGCAGAAGACUGCAAGAAGCCCAAGAAAGAUCGCAAGGAAGAGGCACACAAUGUGCAGGCCGACACUGACCAGCCAACGAUCCUUUUGGCUACGGUGAACGCUGUGCAUGUGUCCCCGCGCGACGUCGAGCCGUCGGCAAGGCGCACGGUGUGUCACCAAGUGCACCUCAAUGAGGAGAAGGUGUUCCUCGCCGAUCAAGGCGAAGACAGGGGUGCGUGGGUCCUUGACACCGGGGCCAGUAAUCACAUGACGGGGCGCCACGAGGUGCUCACGUCAUUGGACACAUCGGUCGAGAGAACAGUCCGCUUCGGAGAUGGAUCUCUCGUCGACAUAGAGGGCAUCGGAUCGGUCUUUGCUGAGCGAAGAAGAAGGGGCAUGUCGCACUCUCUCGAGGUAUAUUUCAUUCCCAAGCUCAAAAGCGAUUAUUGUUAG